AUGGAUUUAGUCAAAUUCCUUGUCUUCGAGGAAUUUGUACUCAAAAGUGAACGACUCCUUUUUGCGUUGAGACCAUUUCUCGAAAUCGAAAUACACUAUAAUAUUGUUCCCGGUAUUCCAUAUCAACUAACCUCAUUAACGGAAUUCGUCGGUGGUGGUACAGGGACUGUUUUUCCUGUUAUUAUCGGCGACGGUGCAGCUGGUUGGGCAAGAGAUGGAGCCGGAGAACUAACAGAUACAGGUGUUGAAGGCACAGGAGUAGUGGUGGAUCGUCCUGCUGCCACAGAGUUAUAUGGAAUCCCAGGAGGUGGUGGCGCUGUCGAGGCUGAAUUCAAGUAUUUAAUGUCUGUCUUUGCAAGUUCCCCUCUAUCUCUUUCACACCCUUAG